AUGGAGCGUGAAGCAGCCGAGCCAGGAUAUUGGGAUGAUCCGCGUAAAGCCCAACAGGACAUGAAAGCCCUGGGCAGCCUCAAGGAGACGUUCUCCCUCUGGCAGAGUUUGUCUACCCAGGCAAGCACUUUGUUGGAGCUUACGGAAUUGGCCCUGGAGGACGGGGACGAGUCCCUCCUGGAACAGAUAGGCGUUGACACUGCCGAGUUGUCUAAGUCCCUGGCCCGUGAGGAAAUUGCCCUGACUCUGGCGGGCCCGUACGACGGUCGGCCUGCCAUUGUGUCGGUCUAUUCAGGGGCCGGAGGCACCGAUUCCCAGGACUGGGCAGAAAUGCUGCUCAAAAUGUACGCCCGUUGGGGCGAGGUAGAGAAGCGGACGGUCCAGAUUAUGGACAUGGCCUACGGCGACGAAGCGGGCCUGCGCAGCGCAACCCUGGAAAUAGGCGGGCCCUACGCCUACGGUUACUUGAGCGCCGAAAGAGGUGUCCACCGACUGGUGCGCUUAUCCCCUUACGAUCCCAACAACCUGCGGCACACUUCGUUUGCCCAGGUAGAAGUGUUACCAGCGGCAGGAGAGGAAGAAGAGGUCGCUGUGAGGCCUGAAGAGAUAAAGCUGGACACCUUCCGCUCUAGCGGUCCUGGCGGCCAAAAUGUCCAGAAAGUAGCCUCCGCGGUACGUCUAACGCAUUUGCCCACUGGGAUGGUUGUUUCGUGCCAGACCGAAAGGUCCCAGCACCAGAACCGGGAGUACGCCAUGCGAAUAUUGAUGGCCCGGUUGCUGGCACGGCAAAACGCUCAGCGCGCAGAGGAGUUAGCCAAACUAAAGGGAGAGAGGGUCGCGGCAGAGUGGGGUAACCAGAUACGCAGCUAUGUGCUGCACCCCUACAAGUCGGUUAAGGAUCACCGCACCAAUUUCCAAAGCGCCAAUCCCGAUGCGGUACUCGACGGAGGACUGAACGACUUUAUCGAGGCAUACCUGAUAUCGCGGUUGAAUUGA